CGAGGGUGAUAUGGUAAAUUGGCGAGCGAACUCUGGGUGACGCGGUUCGAGACUGCAAGGAGUAGCAGCUGAGCUCUUGGAACAUUUCUUUUGUAAAGCCCACCUGAGAGGAAGCUCUCGCUCACUCGGCACUUCGUCAAAGGCUGAAAAAGUUAGAAGAAAGGCAUGGAUCUGGACCCUGCAGAACGUAGGUAUUUGGAGGAAGAGGAUAGUCCACUGACGAAGACACUUAAGGGUGCAACAACAGGUUUUGUUACUGGAACUAUUUUUGGGACCAUUGUUGCAACGUGGUAUGAUGUGCCUCGUGUCGAGAGAAAUGUUGCUCUUCCAGGGCUAUUACGGACCCUGAAGAUGAUGGGUAACUAUGGGAUGACAUUUGCUGCAAUCGGGGGAGUUUACAUUGGCGUUGAGCAGCUCGUGCAGAAUUACAGGAUGAAGAGAGACUUUAUCAAUGGAGCUGUUGGUGGUUUUGUUGCUGGGGCAACUGUUAUAGGUUUCAAAGGAAGGAGCAUUAAAACAGCAAUUUCUGCUGGAUCAGCAUUAGCAGUGACUUCUGCUUUAAUUGAUGCUGGGGGUCAGACUACAAGAAUUGACAAUGGCAAGGAGUACUACCCUUACACCACCAAGAAAAGAUCCGCAGCCGAUUGAUGAUCAUUUUUGAUUGCUGCAUUUGGAAAAAGAAGACAUGGGCAUGUUACUGGAGAGAGUAGUCAUCACUGUUUUCUGAACUGGUUAUAUGAGAUGUAAGCAUACUCUCAAAUAUCUUUUGCUUUUUAAAUUUUGUUUUAUAGCUUGAACCAAUGAUGUAAUAAACAGACUUUGCCAUGUUUUCAAAGUUAAGUUCGAUGUUAAUUCUC